GCAAAACCCUAACCGCACAGAUAUCGAAGAAGAAGAAGAAGAAGAAGAAGGAAGACCAACAAUGCCGAGCCUCUCCGUCUUGGUCACCGUCCUCACACUUCUCCCCUUCGUCUGCCUCUCAUUCUCACCGGAAUCCCCAACCCACCGCCGCCUCCUGGUGCUCCUCGACGACCACUCUCUCCAGUCCUCUCACUCCAUCUUCUUCCACUCCCUCAUCUCCCGCGGCUUCGAUCUCGACUUCAAGCUCGCUGAAGACCCCAACCUCUCUCUUCAGCGCUAUGGCCAGUACUUAUACGACGGCCUCGUUCUCUUCUCCCCCUCCGCCCACAGUUUUGGAGGAGCUCUGGAUGUACAGUCCGUGCUCGAUUUCGUUGACGCUGGGCACGACUUGAUCUUGACGGCUGAUGCCUCUGCAUCUGAUUUGAUUCGGAGUAUUGCCAAGCAAUGCGGGGUCAAUUUCGAUGAGGAUUCGUCGGCUGUGGUUAUUGAUCACACCAAUUACGCGGUGUUGGAGACCCAAGGAGACCAUACUUUGAUUGCCAGUGACGGUUUUAUUCAAUCGGAUGUGAUUCUGGGAAAGAAGAAGUUAGAGGCCCCUGUACUUUUCAAAGGGAUUGCGCACUCAUUAAGUGCUUCCAAUAGCUUGGUUUUGAAAGUUCUUUCAGCAUCUCCUUCAGCAUAUUCUGCCAACCCAAAUGCCAGAUUGUCCCACCCUCCAUCACUUACCGGAUCUGCUAUUUCAUUAGUGUCUGUUCUGCAAGCCAGAAACAAUGCUCGAGUUCUGAUUUCCGGCUCUACAGAUAUGUUUAGCAACGAAUUGUUCAGAUCGGCUGUGCAGAAGGUUGGGAACUCAAAUAAAUUUGAGAAGUCUGGUAAUGAACAAUUUGUGACUGAACUUAGCAAAUGGAUCUUCCAUGAAAGAGGUCAUCUAAAGGCUGUCAAUGUUAGACACAAUAAAGUUGGAGAAAAUAAUGAACCUGCAAUCUAUAGGAUUAACGAUGACCUGGACACUUAUAUUGAGAUAUAUGAGUGGUCUGGAAAGAGCUGGGAACCGUAUGUGGCGAAUGAUGUUCAAGUGCAGUUCUUCAUGAUGAGCCCUUUUGUGCUAAAAACUCUAGAAACUGAUCAGAAGGGUCAGUACCAUACGUCAUUCAAGGUGCCUGACGUUUAUGGGGUUUUCCAGUUCAAGGUUGACUAUCACAGGCUUGGGUACACUAGCUUAUCCCUAUCCAAACAGAUUCCUGUGCGGCCCUUCCGACAUAAUGAAUAUGAACGAUUUAUCCCCACUGCUUUCCCCUAUUAUGGAGCUUCAUUUACCACAAUGGUUGGGUUUUUUAUCUUCAGCAUUGUCUUCAUGUACCAUAAGUAAACAAACUGCCAAUACAAUGCACGAGGCAACUUUGCAUGGCGCAGAUCCUCCGUUUUUCCUGUUAACAUUUGUUGAGGGACUUCUGAUAGUUACAUAGAAGGUAGGUAUGGCAUCAUUUGACAGUAGUAAAUUUCAGUUUUUACUGUUUUACUGACCUUGUAACUACAACUUGGCGUUAUCCCAAAUGCUGUUUUCACUUGGUCGUUUGUUUGCCAGUGCAAAAAAUGAACCAGCAUCCACAAUGUAGUUGGUGUGGAUUCGCUUCUACUUGGAUUGAAAGUUGCAUCGAUUUUCUUCUUUUUUUC